AUGCGUAAUCAUGUGUUGAGAUGUCCAAAUAACCCCAAUAAGAGACAAAAAGUAGGUUCAUCUUCAACAAUUGAUGGAAAUAUUAACUCUCCUUCUUAUGGUAGAUUUGACCAAGAACUUUUUCAAGAAGAACUGGUAAAAAUGUUUGUGGAAGUUGAACUCCCCUUUCGAUUUGUAGAGCAUGUUGCUUUUAGGAGGUAUUCAAAUGCUUUGCAACCAAGAUUUAAGAUCCCAUCACGUUAUACCAUAUCACGGAAUAUUGUGACAUUAUGGAAUGCAAAACAGAUAUAUUUGAAGGAUUUUCUUUCUCAACAUUGUCAAAGAGUUUGUCUCACUACUGAUGCAUGGACUUCACCUCAAAAUCAAAAUUAUAUGUGUUUAACAGGCCACUUCAUCGACAAUUAUUGGAAUUUGCAUAAAAGGAUUUUGAAUUUCCGUCAAGUAAUAAGUCAUACCGGAGAGGCCAUGGCUAAAUUUGUUGAGUCAUGCUUGCAUGAAUGGGGGUUGAGUCGUGUUUUAACCUUGACAGUAGAUAAUGCUACAUCAAAUGACACGGGAGUUCAACACUUGAAGAAAAGACUAUUGUCUUGGAAUAACUCGGUUUUGAAAGGUGACUAUACUCAUAUGCGUUGUUGUGCACAUAUUUUGAACUUAAUUGUGAGUAGUGGUCUAAAAGAGAUUGAUAACUCUGUUUUAAGAAUUCGUGCUGCAGUGAAAUAUAUUAGAUUAUCUCCUUCUAGAUUUAUGAAAUUCAAAGAGUGUGUUGAAAGCCAAAAGAUUGAAUAUAAAGGUCAUAUUUGCUUGGAUGUUGAAACAAGGUGGAACUCAACAUAUUUGAUGUUAGAUGCUGCUUUCAAGCAUAAAAUUGCAUUUGAUGAGCUUGAGUUUUAUGAUACAAAAUAUUCUAAUGAGUUGGGAAAGGGGAUUGGAUUGCCUUCUUAUGAAGAUUGGGAGUAUGUUAAGUCUAUUCUACCUUUCUUGAGCAUUUUUUAUGAAGCUACUUUGCGCAUCUCAGGUAACUCUUAUGUUACUAGUAAUAUAUACAUGUUAGAAGUGGUAGGAAUUUGGAAUGGGAUCAAUCAUCUCCUCAAGUCCAAUGCUACAAGCAGUGCUACAUAUAAGAUGGCUGAAAAAAUGAGAAAAAAAUAUGAGAAAUAUUGGGGUGAACCUAACAAGUUCAAUAUAUUGUUGUUAAUUGUUGUUGUCUUAGAUCCUAGAUACAAGAUGAGUUAUAUGAAUUGGGCAAUUGAUCAACUUUUUGAUCCUGAAAAGACAAAUGAUGGAUGGGUGUUAAAGUCACGGCUCGAUACUUCCUUAAAGUUGUUGUUUGAUGAAUAUAAAAGUCAAAAUGGGGGAGCUGAAAAUGACAAACAACAAACAUAUGUUGAUGUACCCAAUUAUAAGCAUGAUCCAUAUGGUCGGAAUAAGUUUUUGCAAACAACAGGAUUAACCUCUUUAAACAAAUCUGAACUUCAAAAGUAUUUAGAGGAAGAGCUUGGUGAAACAACUUUGAACAUUCUUGAUUGGUGGAAAAUGAAUUCAUGUAGAUUUCCAAUCUUGUCAAACAUAACACGAGAGCUAUUAGCUAUGCCUGUUUCUACGGUAGCAUCUGAGUCUGCAUUUAGCACGGGAGGAAGAGUGUUUGAUCCAUAUCGAAGUUCUUUAUCACAACAAAAGGUAGAGGCACUUAUUUGUACACAGGAUUGGUUGAAAGACACACAUUCACCAUCAUUGUUAGACUAUGAUUUUGAAGAGCUUCAAUAUGUUGACCAAGAGUUGGUUUCUGAACAAGAUGAUGACCAGAAUAUAAUUUCUUUGAGUUAA